AUGGCUGUUUGCAGUCUGUGUAAAAUGCUUUCUGACAAUUUAGAUUGCCCGAUCAAAGAUGCCAAGAAAGUAAGAAUGUAUAGCAUUCAAAUUGUUAGUGAUCAGAUUACAUUAUUUGCUAUUUCCCUUGUUGAGAAAAAAAAGUAUUUAGCCAUUGAAUUGGCCUCAUGUGUGAUUCCUUUUUUCUUUGAAGCCAUAACAUGCUACGCAAAAAUCUUCAAUUUUUUUGCAGUCAUCCGAAAUGAGUUUGUUGAACAGGAAAAAGUACAGAGAAAGAUCUGUUCGUUUAUUCCUUUUGCUGAUGAUAAUACUGAGGAUUUACAUGAGUGGUUACAUUUACCCGAUGAUGAUUUAUUGCCGUUUUCAGAAAUGUUGACAAUCUGA